AUGACACCGUGGUUAGCGCGACCGAUUCGUGACAUUGAUCAUUUUCUGUUGGACCAAACUACGGUGAUGUUGCCUAAAAUUUCUUUAGUUGUUUUAGUUACCGUGUGUAUUCUAUGCGUACAGACGCAGAAAUCGAAAGUUUCGACCGCGGGCAAGCCAACGAAGUUCAAAAUUCGCUUUACCAAAGCGGUCUGCAUUAAUCUGCCGUACGAGGUCGCUUGGAACGUCAGUUGUGGGUUAAAGUUGGUUCGAAAUCAACCGUCACAGAUGUACUUCUCGGUAACGGUAGACCAGAUCGAUCAGUUGUUUCUGACCUUUGCCAUGUACUACAAAUACCAGGUUACCUAUCAGCCACUGCUGAUGGAUACCACUUUCGACGUUUGCAGUUUUCUGCGGCGUUACAAUAAUCGCAAGCAUGGUGGAGCGAUUGGCGUGGAUCAGACGGCAAUGUUUGUCAUUGGCAUAAUAGAGAAAAAUCACCCAGAGUUGACGCGCAAUGGAUGUCCAUAUAGGGGUGUGAUAGAGCUAAAAAACUUCGUCAUAGAUGAAUCGAUGGCUCCGACGUUCAUUCCUGCCGGGGAUUAUCGGCUUGAUAUGCACUACUACAACGAAAAGAAUAAAACAGUCAUGUAUUCUCAGGUUUACGGUUCCGUGAGAGCUAUUGGGAUUGCUGACCUUUCAAUGGGAUAAAACUAAUCGGAUAAAUGUAUUUGUUACGCUAG